UGAACUUUUUAUUUUGAAAAAGAGAAUCAUAAUGGACGUCCAAGUAAUCAAUGUUACCCGUGCUCCGUGUGCUUUGUGUACCACCAAAAACAAAGUCUGCCCUCAAAAUUGUGAAUUUGCACCUUAUUUUCCUGGAGAAAAAAAAAAUGAGUAUAAAAAUGCACAUAAAUUAUUUGGUACCCCAAAUAUUAUGAAGAUGAUACGAUCCGCGUCCACAGAAAAGGAAAAAGGCAUGUUGGCAUCGUCUAUACUCAUGGAAGGUACCGCUUGGGAAACUGAUCCAGUUAAAGGUGGAUUUGGAAUAAUCCAAAAGCUAAAGUGGAAUAUAUUACUACGUAAACUUUACCUCAAUGAACUAAAGGAGAAGAUUAAAGGUGUAGAAGAAGAAACCAAGCUUCAUCUUUAAAUUAAUGAUAAAAUAUGUUGUAUAUCAUUUAUGGAUAUCACAUAUCUUAUAUUAUGUAUCCAUCUUUUCUUAUUUGAUAAAUAUUUCUGAUUAUGUGAAUCAAAAAUAAAUGUAUUG